ACACCAAGAAACACUUCGAAAGGUAGCUUGAUGACAUUUUUGGCAUCGUAUGUGUGCUUAUUUCUUGAGAGCACGCGUGCUUCAAACUUCCAUUUUUGUCCUUUCUGUGCAUCAGGCCAUCUAAUUAAUCUGGGCUCAUCUUUUUUUCCCAAGGACCUGUUCAUUCGCUCCGCUACUCGGCCACCCAAAGGACCGCCAAGGGCGCACAGCCAGUCAGCCAGCCAGACAGCCCUAAAGUCUAAUUUCAAAGAGAGAAGCAUUUUGGGCAACAGCCCAUAUCGUUGAAGUACAUGUACAUAUACGCCCUGUUAAAUAAGAAUGAAAAUAAAAAACCAUGACAAUGGCGCCUCUCUCCAAAAGAGUCA